AAUGACUUGUUUGGGUUGGCUGCCGUGGCUGCUGGCUGCUCUCGUCGCAGGGCCCGAGGGACUGGUCCCGGUCUGGGAGCGGAUCCGCGCUAAUUGCGGGCCGGGAGGAGCGGGCUUGGCCCGCAGCCCGGCCGGUGGGCACGGCCAGCCCGGCGCAUCCCCGCCUCGGGCACUGCCCCCGGGAGCUCGGAGCUCCUCCGGAGCGCUGAGCACGACAUCCUAGCUGUGAGUCAGGUGCCUGCUCGGAGAUAACCCGGGUUAGGUGAGCGGCUAGAGCAGAUUGCUGUAGUUCGUCUGGCGGGGAUGAAUGGGGACGGCAGGAGCACCAGGUGAUGGGCUUUGCACCAGCAGCACAGGCGGCUGUCACACAACUCAUCCCCCUCACAAGAAGCUUCACAAGAAGUUGCAGGGUGAUGCCUUUGUGAACAGCCAGGAAUGGACACUGAGCCGAUCUGUGCCGGAGCUGAAAGUGGGGAUCGUGGGUAACCUGGCCAGUGGGAAGUCAGCGCUGGUGCAUCGCUACCUGACGGGCACCUAUGUGCAGGAGGAGUCCCCUGAAGAUAUGGAUGCAGGUGGGAGAUUCAAGAAGGAGAUAGUGGUUGAUGGACAAAGCUACCUGCUGCUGAUCAGAGAUGAAGGAGGCCCUCCAGAGGCACAGUUUGCCAUGUGGGUGGAUGCUGUUAUCUUUGUGUUCAGCUUGGAGGAUGAAGUCAGCUUCCAGACUGUUUACCACUACUACAGCCGCAUGGCCAACUAUCGCAACACCAGUGAGAUCCCCAUGGUGCUGGUGGGCACCCAGGAUGCCAUCAGCUCCACCAACCCCCGUGUCAUCGACGAUGCCAGAGCCAGGAAGUUGUCCAAUGACCUCAAGAGAUGCACUUACUACGAGACCUGUGCCACCUACGGCCUCAACGUGGAGAGAGUCUUCCACGACGUUGCCCAGAAGAUCGUUUCCACCAAGAAGAAGCAGCAGCUCUCAAUCGGACCCUGCAAAUCUCUACCCAACUCUCCGAGCCACUCCUCCGUGUGUUCUGCCCAGGUUUCUGCCGUACAUAUCAGCCAGACCAGUAAUGGAGGAGGGAGUUUAAGUGAUUAUUCCUCCUCUGUCCCAUCAACUCCAAGCACCAGCCAGAAGGAGCUGCGGAUUGAUGUUCCUCCCACUGCCAACACACCAACUCCUGUCCGUAAACAGUCCAAGCGGCGAUCCAACCUCUUCACGUCUCGGAAAGGGAGUGACCCAGACAAAGAGAAGAAGGUCCUGGAGAGCAGAACAGACAGCAUUGGAAGCGGCCGUGCAAUCCCAAUUAAACAGGGGAUGCUGCUGAAGCGGAGUGGCAAGUCCCUGAACAAGGAGUGGAAGAAGAAAUACGUGACACUGUGUGACAAUGGUGUGCUGACCUACCAUCCCAGCCUGCACGAUUACAUGCAGAAUGUUCAUGGCAAAGAGAUUGACUUGCUGAGAACCACGGUGAAGGUCCCUGGGAAGAGGCCACCCCGAGCCACAUCAGCCUGUGCCCCCAUCUCCAGCCCCAAAACCAACGGCCUCUCCAAAGACAUGAGCAGUUUACACAUCUCGCCAAAUUCAGGGAACGUGACUACUAGCACAUCUGUGUCUCAGAUGGCCAGUGGGAUCAGUCUGGUGUCCUUCAACAGCCGCCCGGACGGUAUGCACCAGCGCUCCUACUCGGUCUCCAGUGCAGAUCAGUGGAGCGAGGCCACAGUCAUUGCCAACUCUGGCAUUAGCAGUGACACCGGCCUGGGAGAUUCGGUGUGCUCCAGCCCCAGCAUAUCCAGCACCACCAGCCCCAAACUGGACCCCCCUCCUUCCCCCCACGCCAACAGAAAGAAGCACCGCCGGAAGAAAAGCACAAGCAACUUCAAAGCUGAUGGCAUCUCGGGCACGGCUGAAGCCAAACGCAAAGCUUGGAAACUAAACCGUGUUGGUAGCCUGCGAAAUAUUUACAGCAGCAGCAGCACCAACACCGAAGAACAAGAAGAAAACUUUGAGUUUAUCAUCGUCUCUCUCACGGGCCAGACUUGGCACUUCGAAGCAACCACCUAUGAAGAGAGGGAUGCAUGGGUCCAAGCCAUAGAGAGCCAGAUCCUGGCCAGUUUACAGUCCUGUGAGAGCAGCAAGAACAAGUCUCGCCUGACGAGCCAGAACGAGGCCAUGGCCCUGCAGUCCAUCAGGAACAUCAGAGGCAAUUCCCACUGCGUGGACUGCGAGGCACAGAACCCCGACUGGGCCAGCCUGAACCUGGGAGCCCUCAUCUGCAUCGAAUGCUCAGGGAUCCACCGCAACCUCGGCACGCACCUGUCCCGGGUGCGCUCCCUGGACCUGGACGAUUGGCCCAUCGAGCUCAUCAAGGUCAUGUCAGCCAUUGGCAACGAGCUGGCCAACAGUGUGUGGGAGGAGAACAGCCAAGGCCACGUGAAGCCUUCCCCAGACUCCACCAGGGAAGAAAAAGAGCUCUGGAUCCGCGCCAAGUACGAGCAGAAGCUGUUCCUCGCCCCGCUGCAGUGCCUGGAGCUGUCUCUGGGCCAGCACCUGCUGAGGGCCACGGCCGAGGAGGACUUGCGGGCGGUGAUCCUGCUGCUGGCCCACGGCACGCGGGACGAGGUGAACGAGACCUGCGGGGACGGGGACGGGCGCACGGCCCUGCACCUGGCCUGCCGCAAGGGGAGCGUGGUGCUGCUGCAGCUGCUCAUCUGGUACGGCGUGGACGUGAUGGCGCGCGACGCCCACGGGAACACGGCGCUGGCCUACGCGCGCCAGGCCUCCAGCCAGGAGUGCAUCGACGUGCUGCUGCAGUACGGCUGCCCCGACGAGCGCUUCGCCCUCAUGGCCACCCCCAACCUGUCCAGGAAGAACAACAACCGCAACAACGGCGGCGGGAGGAUGCCCACCAUCAUCUGAGGGGAGCGAGCUCGCGCGCCG